AUGCAAGAAUCAUCAUCAACAUUUUUUAUUUCAUCAUCAUUACAUCCUUAUUCACAACAAGUUAAUAUAGCACUUGCUGUUAUUGGUACAUUUAUAUCAUUAUUAACUAUUUGUGGUAAUAUACUUGUAUUAGCUUCAUUUUUUGUUGAUCGACAAAUUCGACAACCAUCAAAUUAUUUUAUAUUUUCAUUAGCUAUUAGUGAUUUUUUAAUUGGUUGUAUUUCAAUGCCUUUUUUAACAUUAGCUAUAUAUAAAAAUCGUUGGGUGCUGGGUUCAUUUUUAUGCGAUAUAUGGUUAUCAUUAGAUUAUACUGUAUGUUUAGCAUCGAUAUAUACGGUGCUUUUAAUUACCGUUGAUCGUUUUUGUUCAGUUAAAAUUCCUGCUAAAUAUCGAAAUUGGAGAACAAAAAAACGUGUCAUAUUUUUGGUGCUUUUAACAUGGUUUAUACCCGCAUUCAUUUUUUUUAUUUCAACUAUGGGUUAUCCAUUAUACAGUAAGAAGCCAAAUUUAAGUGUAUCUGAUCUUCAAUGCGAUGUACAAUGGAAUAAGAAUCCUUAUUUUAAUCUAGGUUUAACUAUUGGUUAUUUUUGGGUGACACUAUUAGUUAUGUUUACAUUGUAUUUUUUUAUUUAUCAAGUUGCAAGUGCACUUGAAAAACGUUCAAAUGCAAAUGCUAAAAAAGUCUCAAAUAUUAUAGGUGUUUCACCAUCAAAAAUGACAGAUCUUGUAAUAAGUAUGUCAAAAAAUCAUCAACUUACUCAAACAACACUUUGUUUAUCAUCAUCUGCACGAUCAAAGAAAAAAAAAAAGUUGCAACAACCAAGUCUGUCAUCACUAUCAAGACGUAAUACAAGUCUUGAUGAUGAUAUUAGAAGUUCAUUUAUCAAUCAUACGAAUAAUGGUAAUCAAAGUAGAUUAUCAAAUGGACUUGAUGUUACCAAUCGUUCAUCAUCAAAUGAAACUAGUGGUGAACAUGCAUCUGUAGCUGCUAUAUCUCCUACUGUACCUAAUUCACUUCCUAUUACACGUGUUGAAGUUGAAUCAAAUAAAAAAUUAGAAGAAAAUCGAUUACUUCUACCUAACAUACAAAAUAAUUCAUUAUUAUCAUCUUCAACAAAACAAAAAUCAUGUGCUGGUAGAAAUGGUAACAGUAAUAAAGCACGAAAAGCAUUACGUACUAUUACUGUUAUUAUGGGUGCAUUUGUUCUAUGUUGGACACCAUGGCAUAUUCAUACAAUAAUUCAAACAUUUUGCAAAACAUGUCGUGAAAGUAUUGUGUUCAAUACAUAUCUCUUUCAUGCUUGUUAUUAUCUUUGCUACUUAAAUAGUCCAAUUAAUCCAUUUUGUUAUGCACUUGCUAAUCGACAAUUUAAAAAGACGUAUAAACGUUUACUUCGAUGGGAUUUUCGAAAAUUGUAA